UAGCACUUGCAUGACGUUCAAGAUAGAUGAAAGAGGACUAGGAGCUCAGAAGACGUCAAGUGUAUUCCAACGUGCAGUGGAAGAUGAAGCUGGGCCAUGCUCAUCAGGGACCAAGACCAAUACCAAAUCAAUGAAAAUGGCCAACAAAAACCAGAGUAAAAGAGCUAGGGCAAGUUUCAACAAAUUGGCUGAGGACAACCUAAUAGCAGAAAAGAAGAACAUCCAUCUGCAACAAGAAACCGUACGUAACGGCGAGCUAGUCGAGCUAUUGCUCGUCCAACUCGUCGGCAGCAUCUUGAUACGGAUGGCUGACUGACUCGAACAGUGUCUCCUACGACGAGUUG